UUUGUUACGUAUAUAAAUUUAUAAGUCAAGUCAGUUGUUUUUAAUUUUCGUUGCCUCAAAAUUCAACCUCCUGAUAUCGAAAUGACUUCUUUGGUCCCAAUCCUUUUGGCAAGCUUCGUACACUUGACGCUACAUACCACGCUCUUCAUCCAGCUAGACCCAGAAGUCUUUCGGAAUACUCCCAUUUUGGGCAGCCAGUUGUUCUAUCUCGCAGUGUUGGAUCUGCUUUUCCACUGCCAGGUGAUACCAGGGCAUUGGAAUUCUUUGCCUUUGUGGGCCAAGGCCGUUUUGGAGUCUAUAGCUGUAAUUUUGAUCAGCGAAAUGGCCUUGGCAGUGGUAUGGAUCAGCAUGGAAACGUAUCUCAUUGAGCUGAUUACCGGGCUCACUGCUGCAUCGGGACUCUCCAAUGCAUCCAGCCUCCUUUCUGAAAGACUUAUCUUGGAAAUCAUCACCGUUAUGCUUAGUGUUGCAUUUACGGUGGUAGUGGCAGUGUUCACAAAUCAACCGUCCAACGUGCAACAAAUUGGUCGCAAGAUUGGGAGUCUGUCAAGUUGCUUUGUUCACCAGCAAUGAUCAAUAUAUUGAAUUUAGUGGAUCAGAGUAACAGGAUUAUGUCUUUAUUUUGUAAGCUUGAAGCUAAAACUUUGUAUAUUUAAAAUACCCUUAUGCAGACUUAAUAAAUUAUUACUGUAAUGUUUUCCAGAAUAAA